AUGUCUCUUAGCAACAUAAAAGUAAAUAACGAGUUACAGCUAGUGGUGGUACUAGGUGGUGGUCAGGAUGCAUCAGCUGUCACCACAACUGAUCAUCGUGCUGGGAAAUUCGAAGCCAAAUUCUAUGACGAGGUUCUUCAAGAAGAGAUUGGAGGUGUUAAAGGGCAUUUUGGACCUAUAAAUGCUUUGGCUUUCAAUCCUGAUGGACAGAGGUACAGUUCAAUCCCAUACUUGGUUUUGUUGGUUUCAUGA